AUGGCAAAUCAAAGAGCUAUUGUUAAGUGUGUUCUUUCUGGCGAUACGUUAAUCCUUCGCGGAAAACCUACUGGUAACCAACCUCCUCUCGAAAGACAUUUGAACUUGGCCCUUAUUCAAGCUCCAAGACUUGGAAAUCAAAAAAAAGAGGAUGAGCCUUUCGCUUUUGAAGCUCGUGAAUAUCUUCGUCCCAUAUUAGUUGGUAAAGAAGUCACAUUUCGCGUGGAUUAUACUAUUCCGAACACCGGAAGAGAAUAUGGAACCGUAUUUUUAGGUACCGAUAAUGUUGCCCAAAUGGUAGUCAAAGAAGGGUGGGCGAAACUUCGAGAUGAUGGUAAAAAGAACAAAGAAGAAGAUAAGGAUUUUGAGGCGUUGGCUGCUUUGGAAUCUGCGGCGCAAUCUGCUGGUAAAGGUGUCUGGGAGAAUAAAGAGUAUUCGCGCGUUGUUAAUUACACUUUGCAAGAAGAUUCCCGUGAAUAUUUGAAUAGAUAUAAAGGAUUACCUGUUGAAGGUAUUAUUGAACAAGUUCGAGAUGGAUCAAGUUUGCGCGUUUUAUUCAUGCCUCCUUUCCCUGCGCCACAACAAUAUCUAAGUAUAAGCAUUUCUGGAAUAAAAGCUCCAACUGUUCGUAGAGAUGUACCAGACGUUGAAGAUUUGAUUGAACCAUUUGGCGAAGAAGCUAAAUAUUUCGUGGAAACUAGAUUACUGCAACAAAACGUUAAGGUGAUACUGGAAGGUUUAUCUAUGAACAACCAGACCUUUUAUGCUACGAUUUUACAUACUAAUGGUAAUAUAGCGGAAUUUUUAUUAUCGGCUGGAUUAGCUAGAGUGGCUGAUUGGAAUAUCACUUUAGUCACUGAUGGACCUACUAAAUUACGCGCAGCUGAAAAAAUUGCUAAAGAAAAGCAACUUCGACUUUGGAAAGAUCAUGUUGUAAGGACCAGAGCUGGUGGAGAUGACCAUGAAUUUGAAGGCACAGUAACACGUAUAAUCUCUGGUGAUACUAUUCAAGUAAGGCAUAAUCUAACUGGAGUAGAGAAGAAAUUGCAACUAUCGAGUAUUCGUCAACCAAAGCCAAAAGAUCCAAAAUUUCCAGAAUAUAAUUUUGAAUCAAGAGAAUUUUUGCGGAAGAAGUUAAUCGGUAAAACUGUUAAAGUAACUAUCGACUAUAAUAAACCUGCGACAGAAGGGUAUGAAGCGAGAGAAUGCGCGACCAUUAAACUUGGAGAAUGGAACGCAGCAGAGGCCUUACUUGAACGUGGUUAUGCUCACAUUAUACGUCAUAAAAAAGACGAUGAAGAUCGAUCAAGUUUUUAUGACCAACUUUUGAUUGCAGAACAAAAAGCACAAACCAAUACCAAGGGUGUACAUAGCCCUAAGGAUCCUCCAGUUUACAGAAUUAGUGAUGCUUCUGAGGUUUCUAAACAAUUUUUACAAACGUUGAAAAGAGCUGGUCGAGUUGUUGGUGUAGUGGAUUAUGUAGCAAAUGCAUCAAGAUUUAAAAUUUAUAUUCCAAAAGAAGGUUACAAACUGACAUUUGUGCUUGGAGGAGUACGUGCACCAAAACUUGCGCGCAAUCCUUCAGAUAAAUCUGAUCCAUUUGCUGCUGAAGCAUCGGAAUUUGCUAAUCGUAAAGCAUUUCAACGGGAUGUAGAAAUUGAAGUUGAGAAUGUUGAUAAAACCGGAGGAUUUAUCGGAACGAUGUGGAUUAAAAAUGAAAAUUUUGCGGUAAUUUUAUUGCAAGAGGGAUUUGCCACUAUUCAUGAAUAUAGUGCAAGUCAGAGUCCUUAUUCACAACAAUUGUAUACUGCUGAAAAAAGUGCCAAAGAAGCGAAGAAAAAUAUAUGGUCAAUACAAGAUACUGAAUCCUUUAAAGAGCAAGAAACCACAAUAGAAGUGGAACCGCGUAAAGAAUAUAUAGACAUCAUUAUAUCAGAAAUUAUUUCGGGAGGAAGAUUUUACGUACAAAUAAUUAACGAAGACAUUCAUAAAUUAGAGAAAAUGAUGUCGGAAUUUUCUUUAUAUCAUAAAAAUGAUGCGAUUUCGGCAAUAUUUUCUCCAAAAAACCAUGAGAUGGUUAGUGCUCAAUUUACUGGAGAUGACCAAUGGUACCGUGCGAAAAUAAGAAGAGUCAUUCCGGAAUCAAAAAGUGUCGAAGUAAUUUAUAUUGAUUACGGAAAUUCUGAAGUAAUUCCAUUAACUCGAGUUCGUCCACUUCCUGAUAAGUUUAAACAAUUGCCGUUUCAAUCUAAAGAAGCCGUGCUUUCGUUUUUGAAAAUUCGUAAUCUAGAGGAUGAUUACGGAGAAGAAGCGCGAGAGCAUUUUAAAGAUAUAGUUGGAGAUAGUAAACUCGUAGCCAACGUUGAUUAUAAAGACAACAAUUUGCUUCAUCUUACACUUUAUAAUCCAAAACAAUCUCAAUCUACAGAAGCUUCGAUUAAUAUAGAAAUGAUUAAAGCCGGAUACGCAACGGUUGAUAAACAUUCUAUAUUAUAUAAAAGCAAUCCUGCAGUUGUAACAAAAUUACUUGAAGCCCAAGAACAAGCUAAGAAAGAUAGAGCGGGAAUGUUUGAGUAUGGUGACAUUACUGCUGAUGAUGAAUAA